GAUCGACGUCUUUGUAUGGUUUACCCGUCUAUACCUCGAAUCGAAGCAGACGCUCUUCAGACGCCCAAGGAGAAGGACGUGACCAUGGUGUGGGGUUUUGUGACCUGCGGGCCCAACGAGGCCUUGGUCAUUUCAGGAUGUUGCCACAAAAAGCCUCUAUUGGUCCCUGGUGGACGAGCAUUCGUAUGGCCCACUGUCCAGCAAGUACAGAGGAUCUCCCUCAACGUCAUGACACUGCACGUUGAGUCGCCGAGAGUCUACACUGCACAGGGCGUUCCCAUCUCUGUCACUGGUAUUGCUCAGGUGAAAGUCCAAGGCCAGUAUGAGGAGAUGCUGCUAGCGGCUUGUGAGCAGUUCCUUGGAAAGACUGAGGCAGAAAUUCAGCAGGUUGCGCUUGAAACCUUGGAGGGGCAUCAGCGUGCCAUCAUGGGUUCCAUGUCUGUUGAGGAGAUCUACAAGGACCGAAAGAAGUUCAACCAGAAUGUCUUCGAGGUCGCAUCCAGUGACCUCAUCAACAUGGGCAUCACCGUCCUCUCCUACACCCUGAAGGACAUCCAUGAUGAUGAGGUAAGGAAGGUGACUGAUGUGUGCAGAAGGGAACACUUGGGAUAG